AUGCGUAUAGAGAAUCAUGACAGGGAGAACGAGAACGCCCCGCUGUUGGAGCCCAGCUUCACUCCGUCACCUGUCCAGAAACCGCGCCUUGCGACUUUUCUCUUAUCCUUAUGUAUCUCCUUCUUGUCGGGAGGAAGUGCCAUGAUUCAAGUUCCAUUGACCCAGCUGAUGGAAGACAACUUAGCAAUUUGCAAGGACGAUGGGAUUCAAUCUAAGCUUGCAUAUCUGAACGCUUUACUCGGAGUGAUAGAGUCCGUGACCAGUCUCAUUGUUGCAUUCCCAUACAGUGCGCUGGCUGAUAGGCUUGGUCGCAAACCGAUUAUCUAUCUAUCAACCACGGGAUCCGUGCUUUAUGUUGCUUGGGUUCUGGCUAUUCUGAAAUUCCCCAAUCUCUUGCCGAUAGAAUACAUCCUCUUGGGCCCACUUCUCACGGUUGUUGGCGGUGGAAGCACUGUUAUUAACGCCUGCAUCUAUUCCCUGGCUUCGGAUCUGGUACCUGACACAGAUAUAACAAUAUCUUAUUUCAUGAUGGCCUUUGGAAGUUUGGCUGGGGCUUCGGUUGGCCCGGCGAUAUCUUCCAAACUGAUAGAGCAAUAUUCACCCUGGUUCCCUACGCUGGCAGGCUCUUUGAUUGUUCCCGCCAGUAUGGGCUUGUUGGUUGUGCUCCCCGAGACGAUCACACCGAGAGAUCAGUCUUCUGGGAGAGCAGCCUCAUUGGGGAAGCUUUCACCUCGCGCGCUCAAGACAUUCUUUAACCAGUCCUGGGCCGAUCUCAAAACAUCAUGCCAGAGUAUUCGCUCCUUCUCAAUUCUUCUGAUUUUGAUCACCAAUCUCAGAGUAUAUCCCGAGAGUGUGGCAUAUGGAUCCUUGCUCGUGCAAUAUGUGAGCAAGCGAUUUGACUGGACUUUCGCAGACGCUGGCUAUCUCCUCGCAGCUCGUGGGAUUGGCCAGAUGCUCAUUUUACUUGUCUUAUUCCCUGGGAUAUCAAAGCUACUUUCAAAAUACUUGCGGCCAGCUGUCAAGGACCUGAUUCUUGGACGCGCCUCGGCUUGCUUGGUGAUUUUUGGGAGUCUUCUUACGGGGGCUCCGCGCAUUGGCCUUGUGAUUUUCGGAUUAAUACUUCAAACAUCAGGCGCGGGCUUGAAUGCGAUAUGUCGAUCAAUAGCUAUGAGCUACAUGGGAGCACAUGAUAAGUCGAAGAUGAAUGCGAUGAUUGGGAUCUUUGAAACAUUCGGGUCUAUGUUUGCCGGGUCGACAUUGGCAUGGCUUUUUUCGCAGGGUAUGAAGCUCAGAGGGAUUUGGUUUGGGCUCCCAUACUAUGGCUUGGCCGCAUUUUCUGAGCUCUGUCUGGCUGGAUUAUUCUUUCUAGGGCCUUCCCAGCAUCAAGACCUCAAUGAUAUAGAUGAACCCCAGCCUUCAACUGCAUCUGAUCUGGAUUAA